ACAACAACACUGCUAGUUCCCUUUCUCUGGGAUUUCAGGCGCUGGGGCAUGAACACACCUACCGUGUCUGAACCGGUGUCGAUAGAGAUGAUGCAUGCCGAUGUACAUUAUAUAAUUCAAUCCAUGGCAAUGAGUAAAUAGUGAGUAUUUUGGAUAAAAGGAGGAAAACGGGACUGAUUGGGAACGUGCGCUUGGGUCGCUUAUUCAGAAGCUAAUGGGGAGAGAGCACUUUUGGACACUAAGUCUUGGAUGUUAGCACAAUUAAGACCAGACCGUCUACUUCCUCCAUAGCAGCGAUUCCGUACUGCUGUGUUGGAUGCAGCUUAACAAGCAAAUUAAGAGAAAGAAAGGAUUUCUCUCACUCCCAUGGACUAGAUUGCUUCACAAUGAUAAAUAGGUUAAUUUGAAUUAUUGCAGAAAAAAAUCAAGGAAUCACGUGAGAGUAAGAAAGUAAGAGGGAGUUGGGAACCCCGAGCGGCAGUGUGACCUCAGAGCCAUUGUUUCCUGCGUGGGGUUGUUUGUCAUAGGAUGACUAGCCUUUUUCGACGCAGCAGCAGUAAUGGAGGGUCUCGGGGUGGUGGAGGCUCAGGAGCAGGUGAGCUCAACAACACCAGGUCCAACCGGCAAGUUCGACGGCUGGAGUUCAACCAGGCCAUGGAGGAUUUUAAAACCAUGUUUCCUAGCAUGGACUAUGAGGUGAUUGAAUGCGUGCUCCGCGCCAACAAUGGGGCCGUGGACACCACCAUCGACCAGCUCCUGCAGAUGAGCAUUGACGGGCAGGGCUCAGAUGACAGCUCGGAUUCAGAUGACAGUAUCCCACCAGAGAUUCUAGAGCGGACCCUCGAGCCGGACAGUUCAGAUGAGGAGCCGCCUCCGGUCUACUCUCCACCAGCAUAUGACAUGCACAUAUAUGACAGGAAAUACCCGGAUGCCCCUCCUGUUCCACCACCCAGAUUUGAGUCACAGCCUCCUCCAGGACACAGGCAAGUUCAAGGUUACAAAAAUUGGAAUCCUCCAUUACUUGGCAACCUGCCUGAUGACUUCCUGCGAAUCCUGCCUCAACAAUUGGGCAGUAUACAGGGCUCUCAGAGUAGCAUCUCCAAGCCCUCUUCCUCCUCUUGUUCCUCAGUACCUCAGGAGACUGUGGCGGCCGCUGCGGGAACAGGCGGAGCCUCGGAGCAGGAACGCAAACUCAAGCAAUAUUUGCAGGAUGAGCGUAUUGCUCUCUUCCUGCAGAACGAGGAGUUCAUGAAAGAGCUGCAGAGGAACCGAGAGUUCCUCGUUGCCUUGGAAAGAGAUCGCUUGAAAUAUGAGUCAAAGAAAUCUAAAUCCAGUCAUUCAUCAGCUAGCAUGGAGAACUCCACAGGUGACCUCUAUGCUUCCAGAUCUGUAGAGGUCUGCACAGCAGUCUCAGAUGAUGCUCUGUUCAGAGACAAGCUGAAGCACAUGGGAAAAUCGACCAGGAAGAAGCUGUUUGAAAUUGCCAGAGGGUUCUCGGAAAAGACAAAGCGGAGGAAGUCUAAAAGAAGAACAUUGCUGCGGCAUCAUUCAUUGGGCACAGCCAACUCCACUGCCAACCUCCUAGACGAUGUGGAAGGAAACCCAUGUGAUGAAGAAAGUCAGGUCAGACGAUUGGCUGCUCAGGAAGAGGAAGAGCCACAAAAAGAACCACUAUCAUGAUCCCUCUGUGCUCUUGGGAAAGUGUGGUUUCCAUGGUGACCUCAGAAUGACCCAUGGCUGAUAGCUCCUUAUUUCAGUGGCUCGAGUGCUUAGCUCAGUGCCAGGCAAUCCGAGACUCAAGAGAAAGUAAGGAAGGACUGUAUAUGAUCAUUUUGUAGCAGCCUUUUGCGACCCUGUGAUUAUUGUUACCUGCAUUUGAUUACUAAUAUAAUUAUUGUAUUGUAACACUUUGUUAAUAUUCGGUUUCAUAUGUAAAACUUAACAGAUAUGGUACUGAUUUCCUGACAGGAAAUAUAUAUAUAUAUAUAUAUAUAUAUGUGUAUAUAUUUUAUUUUUUUUUUAUUUACCCCCUGAACCUAAUCAAAGCAUUUGUGAUUUUUGUUGAAAAAUAUAAUUUACUUUAGGAAUUUUUCCUCUUCUUUAUGAUUUGGAGAAUUGCUGACCAUUUGUAAAGAGGCAAAUAUUUUAGUUUAUUACUGUUAAUUUUCUAGUCUAAACAUUAAUGUGUUAGCCUUCGAGCGAGAUGAAGCAAUUAAUGGUCAGAUAUUUCAGCACAUUUGUAUUUCCUGAUUUCUUCAUAGACUCAUUCCCAGAGACUAGCCCAUUAUACUAAUCUGCACAUUAAACAUCAAAGGCUUUUCCUCAAAGAAUGUACCCCAGAAUGUCAAAUGUUCAUUACUGACACUCGUUCUUACAAAAGCACUGUGUCCUAUCUUCUUUAUCUUUGCUUUUAAGGAAAGAACAGCAAUAUUCAGGUCUCCAUUCAGUCUAGAGAAUUUGGGGUGCUGAAAAGUCAAUUUCCAUUUAUGUACCAAUUUUCAUAGAAUUAAAUAACAGAUACAGACAAGAUGGCUUUCAUAAAGGGGAUGGUACCCAUAGUGAUCUCCUACCAAGUAUGAAAUGCAAAUUUUUGUAUGUGUUUGCCAUUACAGCUGUACACAUUUCUCGAUGCCAAAUUUAAAUUUCAGUCAUUUUUACAUAACUUUAUACAAGGCAAAUCAAUGCAGCUCCUCGUCUUUGCAAUGCCAUAUCUGUUUUAAGAACAUUGGAAUACAGUUUUUUAUCAAGUGUGUCUUGAAGUGGUUCGAUUGUUUGGUAGUUUGGGCCAGUAUAGUUGUCAUAUAAACUUGUUUUCUUUGUUUUCUUUUUUUUUUAACAUUAUCUUCAAAAUGAUCAGAAUGAUUUGUAUGAGCAUAGAACAAUUUGAAUGAUGCUAUCCUUGAACCAAACAAAUGCUGCUCUGUGGUUUGCCUUUCUGUGAAUCACCCUGAAUUAUUUACCCUAACGCUGUGCUUCCACUAGGUCAUGUGACAGUGUCAUCAGAUCUGCGGUGUAACUGUGAUCAACCAUUAAUAAUGUACCAUUAUUUUCCUUUUUGUGUUGUGCAUCCCAGUAUUGAUUCAAUGUAAAGUAGCCCAUAUGAUCAGUUUGUUUGUGCUAUAUUGUCCAGCAGUUAGGUCUAUUAGUUGUUGUUUUUUGUUCAGGUCACAAAUCUUUGUCACAGUGUUACGUGUGCCAUUGCAUACAAAUGUAAUAACUUGUUGAUUCCGCUGUUACUCAUUCACCAUAUUUCUGAUGUCUUUAAUUUUUUUACCGAUAUGGAUAUGGGAGCUUGCUAAUUUUAGGGCAUUAUCUAUGAAACCAAGAUCAUGUUUUUUAAGGCACUUAAUGUUUUUUUUUUUUCAAUAAGAAAUUGACCUGUGCUCAAUUGUUACUGAUUAUAUAGCUAGCCUUAGGCAUCAUCAAGGACAUAUGUGUGCAUAAACCUUGACCACAUAAUUAAGUGUGCUGUGAAGUGUUAAUAGCCAUAAUGAAAUGUGGUGGUGCCAUACAUAUCUGUUUGAAGGUUGUUGUUUUUUUAUUAUUUCGAUUUUUAUGUAAUGAUGGCACAAAGAACCAAGUCGGUAAGACAUAGUUACUCUGCUGUACUCAUUGUAAAAAUGAAAAGAUACAUGGAAUGCAAACUGAGAUGUUAAGCAGUAUGUAAGUCUUAGUCACCAUUCACUUUCAUUACAUUUAUUUCCCCACAUAAAGUAAAAGUGUAUGUUGAUUGAGGAUAUCAUUCCUGAAAAGGGUGUCUAGAGGUUUUCCAGGAGGUUCCACUGAUGUGGCAUCUGAAGAACCCUAAAUGCUGCCUCAAAUAUCUUUUCGUUUUUACAGUGGUUCACAGCGUGCACCUUUGCAGCCCGGGAUUCGCAGGCUGCACUGCACAACUGCGUGAGUUUUUCUUUCAUCCCAUGUUUUAUCCUCUCAGGGAACUUGCUCUCAUUUGAUUUUCUGGUUAAAGCACAACUAAAACUGAAACAAAUAAAAGGUUUGCUUCUAAGUUUCAAUAAUAGGCUGUGUAGCACUGCCUUUUUUAACUUUAAUAAAUUAAACCUUUACCGUCUGUUUUCCUAUCAUGAGGGUGAUAUGAAAAAUUCAAGGACUGUUUUGACUGAAUGACUGGUGCAGUAGCAAAGUUCCUUUUCUUGCUGAUUUGUCGGAUUGUGAAAAAAGAUCAUCCUAUUUCAUCUUUAGUCUUUGUAUGAGAGAGAUUAAAUAGAAAUCACUGGCAGAUGACUUAAGAGAGUGUUGCGUGAGCCUCAUGAUUUUGAGCAGCUCAUGACUAUAAGUGGAAUGUACUCUUUAUACUUUUAUAAACGGGGAGCAACUGUAUGCCCUUAAGAAAAUGUACCUUUUUUUUUUUUUUUCAAAAUCUGUUAAAAGGAUUUAGGACUUGCCAUUUUUCUGUACCCUUAGUUUAUUCUGGAAAAAAAAAAAGAUUUAAAUAAAUAGUUGCUUUUUUGUCUACUCAUCCAAAAAGUGUGUUUUUUUU